AUGCCUGCAUACCUAGACUGGUCGAACGAACGUGACGACCUCUCCGACAUCGAAUUGCUAGACAGAGCACCAGAAAGUGCCGGCAUUGAUUUGAAAGCGGUACGCCUCUAUCGACUCAAUCGAGUAAGGACACAAAUGAAGCAACACGGCGUUGAUGCUGUAAUUCUCUCCGAUCCAGUGAACAUCCGCUACGCCACCGGAACUCGGAAUAUGCAAAUCUUCAGCAUGCGGAAUGCACCUUCUCGCUAUCUCCUUCUCACAGCAGACCGUUCUGUUCUUUUCGAAUUCACGGGCUGUGAACACCUCGGAAAAGGUUACGAGACAGUAGACGAGGUUCGAGUGGCGAAGACUGCAAGUUUCGUUGCUGCGGGUCCGAAUAUUGCCGAGCGAGAACGAUCUUGGGCUGAAGAGAUGGGUAAUUUGGUGAAGGAGCUUGUUGGAGAAGGCGCCACACUUGGUCUUGAGCGCCUGAAUGCUAAUGUUGCGAUUGCGUUGAAAGACCUCGGGUUCCGCGUCGUUGAUGCACAGGCACCCAUCGAGAUGGCGCGUGCGGUCAAGUCGAAAGAAGAGCUGAAGUGUGUCAUUGCUUCGCUGCGAGCAACAGAAAUUGCAGUAGGCAAGGUUCGAGACGCCAUACGACCUGGCAUGACUGAGAACGAACUGUGGUCCGUGUUGCAUCAAUCCAUUAUUGCGCAGAAUGGCGACUAUUGCGAGACGCGCCUGCUCAGCGCAGGUCCGAGAACAAAUCCAUGGUUUCAGGAGUCAUCCAGUUUCACGAUUGGACGCAAUCAACUCGUGGCGCUGGACACCGAUGUGAUUGGUUGUCAUGGAUACUUCUCUGACUUCUCUCGUACGUUCCACACCGGUCCGGAUGCACCCAGCCCGGCGCAGAAAGAGUUGUACCAAGUAGCACACGAGCAAGUCCAGCACAACAUCAGUAUCAUCAAGCCAGGAAUGACGUUUCGGGAGUAUGCUGACCAGGCCUGGGACAUUCCUCGAAAGUAUUAUGCCAACAGGUAUUACCUGUCAGCACACGGUUGUGGUAUGUCUGGCGAGUAUCCGUACAUCUACCAUCUAGGAGACUUUCAAGAUGCAGGAUAUGAUGGCGUAAUCGAGCCAGGUAUGGUACUCUGUGUCGAGAGCUAUAUUGGGGAAGAGGGCGGGGCUGAGGGUGUCAAACUUGAGCAGCAGAUUGUCGUGACAGAUACUGGGACAGAAUUGCUGUCAGAAUUCCCAUUCGAGGAUAGUCUGCUGUAUUGA